ACUACUACUCGGGGCGCGAAACGUGUUUGUAUUGCAGUUGAUAUGCGUCAACCCAUGUCAACCUGUCGCUGUGCCUGUCAGGCUGUCACUGUCACAUAAGCAAGUAGUUGAACAUUGUAAAUUUUGUUUAUUUUUUGCAAUUUAAGCUUAACUCCUGUGCACAUUUAUAAUACAUAUAAUCAAUGGUUGUAUACAUAUAUUUUAGGCCCUAGUCUUGCCAAGUAUUAUAUCAAAUAUUAUUUUUUUCAUAAAAUGAGUUUGGAAUCUGUUAAAUAUGAAAGAGGAAAGCUGGAAAUUUUGGACCAACUACUAUUGCCCCUGCAGGCGAGAUAUAUAAAAGUACAAGGUGUGGAAGAUGGAUGGAGGGUCAUUAAUAAAAUGCAGGUGCGUGGUGCACCUGCUAUAGCAAUUGUGGGUUGUCUAUCAUUAGCAGUUGAAUUAUUAAAAGACAACAGUUUGGACAAAAAGAUAAUGCGACAAGAGAUUGAAGGUAAACUGAACUACCUGGUGUCCGCACGACCAACAGCUGUUAAUAUUAAACUGGCAGCCGAUGAGCUUAUAAAUUUAGCUAAUAGUCUGAGUGCCAAUGAAGAUGUUUCGCCUGAGGAAUUUAAAGAGAAAUUCAUCUGCAGCAUAGAAAGUAUGCUUAGCAAAGAUAUAGAGGACAACAAAGCCAUAGGCAAAUAUGGCUCUGAGGCUAUUUUGAAGAAUAUCGAAGGCGAGGGUUCCGUGCGAGUGCUCACGCAUUGCAACACGGGCUCGCUCGCCACGGCGGGGUACGGCACGGCGCUGGGCGUCAUACGGUCGCUUCAUAAAUCCAAAAGAUUAGAGCGCGUGUACUGCACUGAAACCCGGCCGUACAACCAAGGCGCCCGGCUCACGGCCUACGAGCUGGUGCACGAGAAGAUCCCGUCCACCCUCAUCGUGGACAGCAUGGUGGCCGCGCUGAUGCGCUCCAGGAAAAUCAAUGCGGUCGUUGUUGGGGCUGACAGGGUCGCUGCCAACGGGGACACCGUAAACAAAAUCGGCACGUACCAAAUAGCGAUCCUGGCGAAACACCACGACGUGCCGUUCUACGUCGCGGCGCCGUUCACCUCCGUGGACCUGGCGCUGGCGUCCGGCGAGCGGAUCAAGAUCGAGGAGCGCCCGGACAGGGAAAUGACACAUAUUGGAGAACAUCGGAUUGCUGCGCCAGGAAUCAACUGUUGGAACCCCUCCUUCGACCUCACACCGGCUAACCUUAUUACGGGAAUUAUCACAGAAAAGGGAGUGUUUCCGCCUGACAGAAUAAAGGAGUAUAAAUAAACCGAAAUCAGAUCCCUAAUUCAGUGCCUUCAAUUUACCAAUUAAGGAAAGUAAUUUAUACAACAUUUAUACAUAAUUAUUAUAUAUGUAUAACCUUUGUAGCUAUUGUGUAUUUUACUAGCCAUCAGCUGAAGCAUGCUAUCAAUCAACAAAUUACAUGCUUUUUAUGAAUAAUCUAAAAAUAUUGUCGUUAUAAUCAAGCCUAUUAUUGCUCAAAAUAUCCAAUAAUAUAUUAAAAUAUUAAGAAACUACUACAGGCGACAUUGUUUGAUCACUAUUUAAUAAAGCAAUCGUAAUUA